AUGCCCCCAACAACCAUCCAAAACGUUCCGCUCACUUCGCACCGCUGGACUUAUGACUUUGAUAGCAGUCGUCAGCUUGGGUGCAUUCCCAUGCCUCGAUUAAAAGAAACCGGAGUAUACAUAUCUGGAUGUCUGUUUGCGAUAGGUUGGGUAGUGUUUAUCGACUCAAUAAUAUACUCUAAUACUUCAGAAUGGUUGGAUGUGAGCAUCAGGUUCGAAGACUGGUUCAACGGUGUUAUCGCUACUAUCGGAAUGAUUAUCGUAAACUCACUUGACAAAAGCUGUCUUUCGGAACACGAGUACCUGUAUACAAGAUCGAGGCUCACACUCUGGAAAGCGCGUCUUCUGCUAUUUAUUGGAUUUUUCAUGAUGGCGUGUGGUGUCUGUGGAUCGACUGCUAUUCUUGUGUAUAAGUACCUUAUUCCAGGUAUACACAUGCCCGAGUUGUACAUGGGAAUUGCGAUUGUCAUACAAUCGUGGUCGAUAUUCCUAAGUUCGAUUGUGUUGUGGAUAGCACAGAACACGGGUAGUCCAUACAAGUAUACUUUCAUUCUCUAA